UCUCCAUCCUCCUCAGACUACUGAAAUGUUCAUGUCCCGCUCUCUCUGAGUUCCUGGUUAGCUAGCUGUGACACUGAUCUCAGACUCUGAUGUUCCAUUCCACUCUGUCCAUUUCUCUCUCUGUCAGUCAGCUAUGUCUAAUAUCGUCAUGGAAACUCUCCUGUCCUGGGACCUGGUGUCUGUGGUCAUCAUGCUGUUCCUUGUCUCUACAGAGUCAGCAGGUGACUCAACAAAAUAUCAGAAAAAUGAAUCAGCUUCUUUGGGAGAAAUUGUUACUUUGGUUUGCAAUAACUCAGAGACGAAUGCAUCAUACAUCUGGAAGAAGGACACAGUUCUUAUUUUCUCUCAUAGUGACACACUGAAUAAAUCUGAAAGAACAUUCACCUCUGACAGGAUGAGUGUUGAUCCACCUACAAAGCUGACUAUCUUUAAUGUAGAGUUAAAUGACACCGGGAGCUACAGCUGUCAAAUAACAGAUGAUCAAAGUGGUGUACGGACAAUGGAGUGGAAUUUGACCAUCACUAAUAACCUCACAGAUCAUGCUGAAUAUAACCUACGGAGGUUAUUGCUCUUCACAAUUCCAUCUGCUAUUGGAGGAGUGGUUCUCUGCAUUAACAUCUGUUGUAUGGUCUGGCUGUGUAGGAAACGAAAACAGGAACAGACAAGUCAUUGUGAGAAGCGCAAAGAGGAGAGCAAUGCCCAGUCUGAUGGUCACACUGCCAGAAGAGAACAACACCAGCGGAGUCAAUACUUUGAAAGACUCAACUCAAUUUAUGGACCGUAGUAAUCACACAGCAGUUACUUAACAUGCCAAAAAAGAGUCAAGUAUCAUAGACGGGUUAGCUGACAAGGUCACGACAACAAAGCGCAUCGUUCAAUGAGGAAGAAGUCCAUGUGUAGUUGUGAUUCUGGAUGACCAGAUAACUAGCAACAUUGACAAGAAGCUGCUAUGUGGGAAUCUUAGGUGGUUCAUUUCAGCUUGUUGUGUCUAGUUAGUGAUACUGUGAUGGAACAUUUUCUGUUUAUGCUUUUCUAAUAACCAAUUUCUGUGCUCAUGCAAGUGACUGAUUGAACAUGCAGAGGAGGAAUCCUCACUAUCAGUAUGCAAUUUGGCAGUACACCCAGAACCGUGUUUUGAGAACUAAAGGGAUAUCUUAGUUUCAAGGUCUCAGCUUGGAGAGAGGAAGCCUCUUUAAGGUAUUGGUCAGUCACAUGCAUGAACCAAACGUUAUUGAUGAAUUAAUGAUGAAUAAUAAAUAAGCUAAAUCAUGCAAAUAUAACUUGUCUGUGUGAGCAGUAUAUAAGAGAACUAACGGGACUGGCCCGUGAAGCUCACUUCAGACCGACACUUUAUGCAUCUAAGUUUGACUGAGACGUCUUCAGCGUGCUGUAAAUAAACAAUGCUUCAUUUAAGAUUGA